AUGGUUAUUCGUGGAAAAGCAGUUGAUCCUGAAGGGAAUCCGGUAAAGAAAGGCGAGAUAACUGUGGCAGAUGGAGGGGGAAAGUACGCAACAGAUCUGAGAGGAAAUUUCAAGAUUGUCGCUAAACCUGGAACCAAGAGACUGGUGAUGACCAUAAAAGACAAGCUCCAAGGACUGUUAAUGGACACGACAAAAGUAUUUACACUUCAUGAGGGUCAGGUGUCAUUCUACACCAUCGUGCUACAAAAGAAACCACCUGUUAUUAAAUUCCAAGCCAACGAGGAGCAGAAAAUACCUCUUGGUGGAAUCGAUGGAAGACCCAGUUUUGUCGACCUCGGCAUUCCAGCAAAUUGCUUCGUUACUGCUGACGGGAGUAUCUACGAUGGCGAAAUCACAGCAAACAUCGGCGUGAUCGAUCCUAGAAGCGAGGCUGACAUGGCAGCAGCUCCGGGCGAUUUUUCAGCGAUAGACGAAAACGGAGAGGAGGUGAUGCUGGGCACAGCGGGAAUGUUGAGGCAGGCUUUUACUGACGAUAAUGGCCGUCAGCUGAGCCUGAGCAAGAACAUCACUGUCCGAAUAGACGCUGACCUGUUGGAUAUACCCCCUGGCGUUACAGUUGCGCAAUGGUAUCUUAACCAGAAAACAGGCCGCUGGGUCAAGUUUGGAGAGCUGCGUCCUGCUGAAAGCGAUGAAGUUUCGGGGCAGAAGAGACAAGCAAGGAAGUUCUUUGUGGGAGAAAUUACACCAGAUGUUCCUCCGGACAACAUUAACUGGGAUUACGUUACUGUUGCCAGCCAUGUCCGAAUUACAGCUCCUCCAGGUACCGUGGUGACUCGCAUUCAUAUGAGCGAUGAUGGUCAACAGUAUACUUCUUACCGUCAAGAAACCGUUCCCGCCAGUGGAACCCUGUGCAUUCUAUCUUUACGAGACAAGCGAGCAAUUCUGCAGGCAGAACUUAAUGGAGCGCCUCUAAUUCCACAGCAGACCAGCAACUUCCCUGCAGCAGUGAACCCGCAAAUUAUCGAACGAUCUCCCGCCGGCACACUUUACAAGCUCCAGUCGUUUCAGUUUACUUCUACUAAAGUGGAUGACAGAGGCCCAGUGUAUCUGAAAGGCGAGGAAGGCCGAUGCGGGCAACACCAAGCAAGCGACUUGGCGUUUGAAUUUGAAGAAGCCAAUUCCGGCCAACUGUUCAACUGGGAAAGUCCUCGAAAUGAAAAUCCUAACGAUCCCCGCUUCUGGGAUGUGAGGCCAGAUGAGAUUUGUUUCGUCAAAGCGCUCGUUACCGGAUCGAGACCCGACUCGGUCAUAUAUGUUAAGAGUACCGGAAAAGCUCCUGGUCAACCUGACGUGAAUUACGGUUACAGUGCAGAGAAGAGUGCAGCGGUCCCCUCAGGCUCAGAUGGUAUAGUGUGCUUGGAGUACCGAUGCAAUGAAGGCCCGCAAGUGGCAUACCAGACCCACCUACAGUUCCUUACUCUGACAGGAACAUGCACAAUUCAGAAUCUCAAUAAUGUUCUGGAUGGGGCACAAUCGCGAUGUCCUGUGACACCAGAUGGUUCCACUAGCCGCGAGCGCAACUUUUGUGUGCCAAGUGACUUGGUGGGGGGAGACGCAGGGUUGUACACGGGUGAUCCAGCUGUGGCCAAGAACAGGUGUGUCACUGGAAACAACCAGUACAAUUCAGGACGACCGAUUGCCACAACUACAAACCCUACUGUGACACUUAACUUUUUAUUUGAUAACGCAUGCACAGUUGAUGGAGAUUGGUCUGACUGGUCAGAUUGGGGUGCCUGUAGUGCUACAUGUGGCGGUGGAACCCAACAGCGCAGUCGCACUUGCACCAAUCCUCCUCCGUCUAAUGGUGGAGCGCAGUGCAGUGGGGACUCGACUGAGUCUCAAAGGUGCAAUGAGGACCCUUGCCCACCUGUGAAUGGUGGUUGGAGUCAGUGGUCAUCUUGGUCAGACUGCACUUACAGCUGCGGUAAAGGAAAACAAACAAGAAAUCGCAGUUGUACCAAUCCUCCACCUGCAAAUGGCGGAAGAGACUGCCGUGGAAAAACGUCGAGUUCGCGGUCGUGUAAUAAGGAAAAAUGUAGUAAGUUCAGUAUUUGGACUUAUAGCUAG